AGUUCGUGUUGCCAGCUUGACAAAAAGGCUCGAAAGCAACCAGAUGGAAUUCAGCACUGCCUUCCUAACAGAUUGCUCACAUUUUAAAUUGUUUUGCACACUUUUUAGCUGGCUGCCCGGCGGACUAACAGGCCUGGCGUGACGGCCGAAGUUAAUCGGGGAGGGUCAGAAGACGUUUAAACGCAACAUAUUCUUCCUCACUUGACCUGAGUGUGCGUCCAUCAUGCCUCUGUUUGGUAAAUCCCACAAGACUCCGAUGGAGCUCGUCAAGAUCUUGAAGGAGAACUUGAACGUGCUGAUCAAGCAGGACAAAAAGACGGACAAGGCGUCCGAGGAGGUGUCAAAGUGUCUGGUGUCCAUGAAGGAGAUCCUGUACGGCAGCAACGACAAGGAGCCGCACACGGAGACGGUGGCCCAGUUGGCCCAGGAGCUCUACAACAGUGGCCUGCUCAUCACGAUGGUGGAGCACCUGCACGUCAUCGACUUUGAGGGCAAAAAGGACGUGUGUCAGAUCUUUAACAACAUCUUGAGGAGGCAGAUUGGAACCCGGUGUCCCACUGUGGAAUACUUCUGCUCUCAUCUGGAAGUUCUCUUUAUCCUGUUGAGCGGGUACGAGGCACCGCAGGUGGCGCUCAACUGCGGCAUCAUGCUGAGGGAGUGUAUCCGCCACGAGCCGCUCGCCAAGAUUGUUCUUUAUUCGCCUCACUUCCAAAAAUUCUUCACCUACGUGGAAAUGUCCACCUUCGACAUCGCCUCUGACGCCUUCGCCACCUUCAAGGAUCUACUGACGAGGCACAAAGUCCUGGUGGCGCAAUUUCUGGAGCAGAACUACGAUGCCGUGUUUACGGGCUACGAGAAGCUGCUGCACUCUGAGAACUACGUCACCAAAAGGCAGUCUCUAAAGCUUUUGGGCGAGCUGCUGUUGGACCGACACAACUUUACGGUGAUGACGCUCUACAUCAGCAGGCCGGAGAACCUCAAGAUGAUGAUGAACCUGCUCAGACACAAAAGUGGCAACAUCCAGUUUGAGGCCUUCCACGUCUUCAAGGUGUUUGUCGCCAACCCCAACAAGACGCAGCCCAUCAUCGACAUUCUCCUCAAGAACCAGACCAAACUGAUCGACUUCCUCAACCUCUUCCAGAAGGACCGCUCGGACGACGAGCAGUUCAACGACGAGAAGACCUACUUAAUCAAACAGAUCAGGGAUCUCAAGAAACCUGCUUCUUAGACCACACCUGUUUAAAAAAAAAAAGCCAACACAUUAACUAUUCAAAGAAAAUCAACAUAUUUGUAUUUGUUCUUUU